AUGGACCCCAUCGUGGAUUCCUCUGCCAAGCUCGAGGACACUCCCGUGAUCGUGGGCGUUGCAGCCGAUUCGGGAUGUGGAAAGUCCACCUUCCUCCGUCGCAUCCUGGGCGCCCUGGGCACAGAGGUGAAGCCCGGGCACACGGCUAUCGGGGACAUGAUGACCGUGAUCUGCUUGGACGACUACCACACCAACGACCGUGCUGGGCGCAAGGCCACUGGCCUCACCGCCCUGGAUGCCCGAGAGAACGACUUCGCUCUCAUGGGUGCUCAGAUCGAGGCCCUGAAGACCGGCAAGGCGGUCUACAAGCCCAUCUACAACCAUGACACCGGCAACAAGGACCCACCUGAGCUCAUCGAGCCCAACAAGGUCAUGGUUUUCGAGGGCCUGCACCCCAUCUACGACGAGAAGGCGCGCUCACAGUUGGACCUGGCGAUCUACAUUGACAUCGUCAACGAUGUCAAGUUCGCAUGGAAGGUCCAGCGCGAUGUGGCAGAGCGUGGCUGGACGGAGGAGCAGGUCAGGGAGGACAUCGAGAAGCGUCUUCCUGACUUCUCCAAGUACGUGGACCCCCAGAAGGCCAACGCGGACGUGGUGCUGCGCUAUGAGCCUUCCGACAAGGGCCUUCCCUUCCUCAAGGUCAAGCUCAUCCAGAAGAAGGGGGGCAAGUUCCCCAUGGUCACUCUCAAGAAGGACCUGAGCCUCUCCGGGAGCGAGCCUGGCGCCACCCUGAAGAUGUACGAUGACGACUGGUUCGGCAACGAUGUGACUGUGGUGGAGAUGGAUGGCGAGAUCGACAUGGACAACAUGGAGGAGCAGCUCAAGGAGAUCGAGUCCAAUCUGGAAGGCCUUGGCGCGAAGUCGGCCGAGGAGCUGACUGAGGCCAUGGUGUCGCUGAAGUCUUCCCCGGGCUCGCAGAACGGAACUGGCCUUCUUCAGACUGUCAUCGCCAUGAAGGUCCGAGAGAUCUACGAGAAGAUCACGGGCAAGGAUGCUUAG